AUGGCUUCCGCUGCAGGACUUCUAGCCGGUCGCCUGGCCCUUGUAACUGGUGGCGGCAGUGGUAUUGGAAAAGCUGUGUGUCAGGUGUUUGCUAAAGAAGGAGCCACUGUAGCUGUUGUAGACUUGCAUGCAGAAACUGCUAACAGUACUCUGGAAACCUUACCUAAAGGUGAUCACAAGGCCUUUGGUGCAGAUGUUUCCUGUUCAGCAUCCGUGAAUGACCUCAUUGGUCAGUUGAAAGACAAAUUCUCAGCAGUACCCACAGUGGCUGUCAACUCAGCUGGGAUCACCCGAGAUAAACUCAUGCUUAAAAUGGGUGAACAAGAAUUUGAUGAGGUCAUUGGGGUUAACCUGAAGGGAACAUUCCUUGUAAACCAGGCUAUCAGUCGUGCCCUAGUGGAGAGUAAAGCUCAAGGUGGAUCGCUCAUAAACAUCUCCAGCAUAUCUGGGAAGGUUGGUAAUGUAGGCCAGACUAACUAUGCAGCUUCUAAAGCAGGGGUGGUGGGACUCACGAAGACUGUUGCCAAGGAAAUGGGAAGGUUUGGUAUCCGUGUGAACGCCAUCUUACCUGGAUUUAUUGAGACACCUAUGACUGAUAAAGUACCGGAUCAUCUGAUACAGAUGACCAAAAUGCUUAUCCCUCUUUCACGACUUGGACAGCCUGAGGAGAUUGCCAACGCCUGUCUGUUUUUAGCUUCUGACCACAGCAGUUAUGUGACUGGGACCACUUUAGAGGUUACAGGUGGCCUUUUUCCAUGAGGAAGGCAUUAGUGGACAGUUACUACUGGCGAUAUGAAGCAGCUUAUAUCAGUGCCACACCUGAAAUGAUGCAGGAAUACAGUAGAAAGCACUGACAUUAUGAUGUUGGCAAUACCUCUGUACCAUGAAUUGUGAUCUUCUUGUAAUUUUCUAUCAAUGGUUAGGUAGUUUGUACUGUAAUCCUAUUUAUAUUUUCACAUAUAAAAUUGUUGAAAUUU